AUGGCCAGCGCCCGCACAGAAAUCGAAAAUGUCUUCCGCACAGUCGUCAAGCGCUGCGUCGAAUGUCUCCCGCAGACGCCCUCGUGCGCAGGGCUCAAUUGCCCGUCGGGCCAGAUGUGCAUCCAGCAGCCCACAACCUGCGAUGCCUGCUCGUCCGUCGUCUGCGCCAUAGACCCGACUUUUGGAGAUUCCUCGGCCAGCAAGCCCAACGUCGGUGCCAUAGCCGGAGGAGUCAUUGGAGGUGUCCUGUUCAUCGCCACGCUCACAUUCAUCGUCUGGAAGUACUGCCUCAAGGGCAAGAGGCGGCAGCGCUCUGAGGUCGAUUGGCAAGAGGCCCAGGCCGCAGAGCAGGAGAAGGCACAGGACGACUUUGAAUCACGGCGGAGCGCGCGAGCAUCGACACACACCGUCGCUUCCAUGGCCUCGUCCGUCCUCACCCGCGCCUCCAACAUCAUCCAGAUCGCCUACAUCCCUGGCGUCACGAACCGCUCGGGGGUUGGCUCUCCAGACCUCCUCGUCCCACCUGUGCCCCCCAUUCCCGCCCUAUCCCACUCGUCUGCCAACAGUCCCUACCUGGGCCCGGAACAGCACUUUUUCGUCCCCGACUUCCGCGACUCCAUGGCAUCGACGAGCACAGGCGGUCGUCAAAGCAUGGCACCGAGUUUUGCCAGGAACAGCGUUGCUUCGACCAUGUACCGCCAGAACGCCAUUGUCUCCCCGCUACCGGCCCAGACGGUUGUGCGAGGAAAGGCGGCUGUCGUCAGCGUCAAGUCAGGGGGAUCCAACAGCCCUGAAUCGCUGAGUCCUGAAACUCCCCCGGUUCCCCAAAUCGACCCCAGACACGCCGUCAAGCCUAUCCGCAUCCAAAUGCCUGGCAUCAACCCUGGAAACUCUGCCCGCACCAUCGCCCAGCUAGGCCCGGUCCGCGCGCUCAACAUCACCAAAAAGAAGGGAUCCGAUGCUACACUCAAGAGCUCAGCCGCUUCAACUCCCAGCCGCACACCUGAUAUCCGUCUCGCUCCUCCAAGACCCCUCACAGACUUCUCUGUCGCCUCGUCUGACGAUGGCGUUACCCACGCACGCGCCCGCAAAGCCGGAAGCGAAGAUUACGAGACAGACUCUGACGACGAAGACCAUGUUCGCUCCCGACGCAGUCUUAUGCGCAACUCGGCAAGCACCCGUGAUUCCAACCUCAUCGACCUACAAUAUACGCCAACGAAUCCCCAAAGCCCAUUCAGCGACAGCUCUGCCAUUGACAGCCUGCGACCCUCUACAGGGCAGAGCGUGGUUUCGUACGAUACAAAUAAUACCUCUCCCAUGCCCAUGGCUUCGAUAGCAGAGGAAACUUCGAAGCGGGCAAGGGACAGGAGCCCGUUUGCAGACAGUAAUAGGGCUGACGUUUGA